AUGCUACAAAACAGUAUCUUGCUAGCGUCAGCAAUUGAAUCCAUAUGCACUUUAUAUCAGCUACAAUAUAAUAAACAAAAGAAAAGUAUAUAUGGAAUUUCCUUUGAUUACACCCUUUUUUCAGUUCUUGGUCAAUUCCUAUCUAUACUAUCGUCCUUUCUAUAUAUACACACAAAUGAAUACUCAAUGCGAUAUCCCAUUUAUCCAAGUUUACCCAUUUCUUUACCGUUGGUUGUCUUGCAAAUUUCGCAAUGUUUUUUUCUGAUUUUGGUAUUGUUGCAAUUAAGAAUAUAUAUCUACACACGCAAUACGAACCAGGGAAUCAGUUCUUAUAGCUUAAUCUUUUUGGGAUCGCUAACGUUCUUUCUAGGUUGGAUCUUGAAAUUAUAUAUUUAUAAACAAGGGAAAAUUAUAUCCUUAGACUUGAUAGAUUGGAUAUGGUAUACUGGAAGAAUCAUCUCUUGCAUCAAGUUUAUGCCUAUCAUUUCAAUGAAUUGGUUUGACCAAUGUGUAGUUGGAAUGUUCCCUUACUGGUCUCAUUUCCAAAUUUUGGUUUUGGUUUUGCAAUUAAUGGGGAAGUACUCUAUGUAUUUUAAAUGGUGGCAAAUCCCAGUCAAUUAUCCAACAUGGCUAGAAGUUCAGUUUCAGUUGCUAUGUAUUCUAAUUAUCAAAAUUCAAAUGUAUAUUUAUAAGAAUAACAAGUCAUCUUUGGAGGUGCAAAAAUAA